CGCCCCAAAACUUUCUGCGCACGCGCUUGGGUUUUAUUGUACCUUUGCCCAAACAGCCUUACCUAGAAAGAAAGCUUCCAAAGAUUCCGAGACUCCGCAGUGGCACUCCAAGACCCGUUCUCGGAAGGAACGACGUCAGUAUAGAGCCACCUGAAGGAGUCUGGAUGUCUCUAAAUCCGGACACUCCUGCCCCAUCAGCCUCCGUCAGCUCGUCUUAAGGGGUUGGGCCUCCCUGCUCUCCAGGCGUGUCACCUCUCUGCUCGGUUGGUGAUUUGGAACGGGGAGAGGAAAGACCAUUCUCGAGUUCCCGAGAGCAAUGCCUCUGCCUCCAGGCGACGUGACAGCCUUAUUCCUGGGACCUCCCGGCUCGGGAAAGUCCGCCCUGAUCGCCGCGUUAUGCGGUAAGAAUGUGGACACAGUAGAGAUUCCCGACGGCCGGCCGGACUCUGGAGUCCCCAGCUUGAGGGCUGCAGCUCCGGGCCUCUUCCUGGGUGAGCUGAGUUGCCCACCCGCAGCUCCGGGGCCCUGGGCGGCGGAGGCCAACUUGCUGGUAUUGGUGCUACCAGGAUCUGAGGGAAGCGAGGAGCCUUUGACCCCAGCUCUGGGAGAGGCAGCGCGAGCCGCCCUGGCCAGAGGAACCCCGCUGCUGGCUGUACGGAAUCUAUGCCCUGGAGAUUCCCAGAAUGCAGCUCAGGCCCGGGAUGAGGCUGUGGCCUUGCUGGACAGUGCUGGGUUAGGAGCUGCGCCUCUCUUUGUACUGCCGGCAGAUUGCUGCAGCAGUGACCGCUGCGAGGAGCUAGAGCGCCUGCAGGUGGCGCUGCGGACCCAGGCGGAGGCGCUGCAGAGGCUACUGCCUCCUGCACAGGAUGGCUUCGAGGUGCUGGGGGCAGCGGAGCUGGAAGCUGUUCGUGAGGCCUUCGAGACCGGCGGUCUGGAGGCGGCACUGUCAUGGGUGCGCGCUGGUCUGGAGCGCCUGGGCAGCGCACGACUGGACUUAGCGGUGGCCGGCACCACCAACGUAGGCCUUGUGCUAGACAUGCUACUGGGGUUGGAUCCUGGAGACCCAGGUGCUGCGCCUGCCUCGGCACCCACUGGGCCCACCCCUUAUCCUGCUCCAGAGCGCCCCAACGUAGUUCUCUGGGCCGUUCCUCUGGGCACCACGGCCACAUCCCCUGCCGUCACCCCUCACCCAACCCACUACGAUGCCCUGAUCCUCGUCACUCCUGGGGCUCCCACGGAGGAGAACUGGGCCCAGGUCCGCUCGUUGGUGUCUCCAGAUGCUCCACUCGUUGGUGUGCGCACGGACGGCCAGGGCAAAGAUCCACCCGAGGUUCUGGAAGAAGAAAAGGCCCAGAAUGCAAGCGAUGCGAACUCAGGGGAUGCACGCAGGGAAGGAAAGAAAGCUAGCGUUGGGGAGUCGGGGUGCACUGCCCGGAGCCCGGAGGAUGAACUGUGGGAGGUGCUGGAGGAGGCGCCUCCGCCCGUGUUCCCGUUGCAGUCCGGCGGUCUCCCGGGCCUGGGAACCUGGCUCCAGCGCGCACUGCCCACAGCUCAGGCUGGAGCGCUGCUGCUGGCGCUGCCACCAGCAAGUCCCGAGGCGGCGCGGAGGAAGGCGGCAGCGCUACGAGCAGGGGCGUGGAGGCCAGCCCUGCUGGCUAGCCUGGCGGCGGCCGCCGCCCCAAUACCAGGGCUGGGCUGGGCUUGCGAUGUGGCGCUUCUCCGGGGACAGCUGGCCGAGUGGAGACGCGCUCUAGGUCUCGAACCCGCGGCCGUGGCACGACGUGAGCGCGCCUUGGGCCUGGCUCCCGGAGUACUGGCAACGCGCACGCGCUUCCCGGGCCCGGUGACGCGAGCGGAGGUAGAGGCCAGACUGGGGUCCUGGGCAGGUGAGGGCACGGCGGGAGGUGCGGCGUUGGGCGCGCUUUCUUUCCUAUGGCCCGCGGGGGGUGCUGCGGCGACAGGUGGGCUGGGUUACCGUGCUGCGCACGGUGUACUGCUGCAAGCCCUAGAUGAGAUGCUGGCUGAUGCUGAGGCGGUUCUGGGACCCCCAGAGCCCAACCAGUGAGGGGUGCGGUGGAGCUUUGGGUGUCUGGUGACUUGGUUCUUGGCCCCACAGCCUCUGAGAUUAAGAAGUGAAAUUUUGUUACUCAAACUGGGAGACUUGAAGGAGACUGACAUCUCGUUGAAACCCGAGACUUAACAGUCACCCGAUUUCCUAGGUUCUGAAUGGGAGUAGGGUCUAUGCGCCAGAAGUGUGUCAUCUAGAUACCAACGCAGUAAAGGGAGUUGAGGGCCUGGGACUCUUAGAAAUGGGAGCGUCCAGCUGUCCAGCUGACACCUGGCCGUAGAUCUCUAGAAGCCUUGAUCCCUGCCUACUUGUGCGUGAACCUAUGGCUAUGGACCUGGAGCUCUGGGGAGUAAGAAACCUUGGAGUGCUGGGUCCCAGAAGGAAGCGAGGUAUAAGUUGCCCGAUGAAAGAACAGAUUUGCGGGAGCUGUGAGAGUCUUAGAAAAAGUCUGGUUCCUAAGAAGGCUUUGGUUGUCAUUUCUUGGGUGGCGGGAAACCCUGUGGAGACCAGGGGCCUGCUGGAGAUCAAAGGUGGUCUCUUGGAGUGUGGAAGAUUGUCUUGUCAUUUGUUCUCCAAGGUUUUGGUGUAGACAGUACUGUCCCACCAAAAUUGAAGGGAAGGGACAAGAGAGGGUCUGGGUAAAGUACUCAGUCUUCCGAUGGCCAGAGCCUAGGGAUGGGGUCUUUAGGGUAUGGAAGAAUAGAAACCCACACUUGAAAAUACCUCCCUUGAGCCUCUGAUGAACUGGGAUGGUGGCAGCUGCCUCUCUGAGCUUCACUGGGAAGGAUCGUAACUACUCCCAUUUUACAGGUGCUGGGUGAUUCAGGGUCUCUGUGUGCUGCUUCGCUUUGUUUAUUACUGGUUCCUUCUGUCGUCCCGACCUUAACCGGCGGGCCUCAGAGCGUUGUGCUCCUGCUGUAGCAGUCUAUAUGGUUUUCUGUAUGACCUCUGAUUUCUCCAAGGUACCUGCUGCUGGUCCACACAGGAUGCUGCUGUGAGCAGGGGUUCCCCCACAAGAUAGCCAGGUAGGCCUUUGAUGCCCGGAGGGAGGCAGAGGCAGAAACCACAGCGCUGUCAGCUUUGUGCAGUUGGGAAGAGCCGUGUAAGAUUGCUCAGUAUUGAAAACAGAAAAGGAAGAUGUGGUAGACAGAACCACAGGGCUCAGAGAUGCAGGCUCCUCAACAGCAGGGCAGCGUGUGGCCUGGCCCUGCCUCCUCUCCAUUCCCAGCUCAUCUCCAGCAAGCCUGAUUGGUAGUUCGGAUGCUCAGGUCCUGCCUCGGGACUUGUACAUAUUCUGGUUUUCUAUGAGACGCUCUGCCUCUCUGUGUUUUCUUGAGAUAGGGCCCUCAUCUGUCAGGCCUCCCCGAAAUGGCUCUAUCAUCACCCCAAGUAGCUUGCAUUGAUCCUGGCCACUUGAUCGUCCCUGUAGCAAAUAUUACUGUCAAUGGCUGUAUCAUUCAUUCUCUCAUUUGCCUGUUCUUUGGCUCUUGCUCCUUGCCUGUCUUUCUUUUGGGUGUACCCUACCACCCAGAGCAGUGCCUGUCACACAUUAGGUGCCUAGUAUUUAUUACCUUAGUUUACUGGUCAUUGACACAUGGCCCAGCAUUCAGGUUGUCAGUAAUCUUGUUACCAAAAGGGACAAGCUAGGGAGAAGCAAGCACUUGAUACGAGAGUGAACGGAAGCAGCAGCUUGGCGGCUGUCACCACAUGAAUGAGUGCCAUAUAUGUUUACCUGGUAGAUAGAUGAAAGGACUAGACUAGAACCAUAGAGCUUCUGAGGGCUAAUAAUCAGAGGCCCGCACAGCUGGGCUUUACUUCUGUCUAACCCUGAACUCUCACCUCUGACACCAUUUGCCCUAUGAAGAGGCAACCUUAUUGUAAUCCCUGCAUCUCAGGUUGACACAGAAGAAUUUAAAAUUUAAGGCAGUCUUCAGUGAGAGAGAAUUGCAGGCCCAUAAGUUAUGGACCUGAUCCCACUAGAGUCUAGAUGGCCUUGAACUCCACAUGGUCUGGCCCCUGCGUCUUCUCAUUCCCUGCUCAGUCCAUCUUCAGCCAACCUAAUACUAAGUCCUUCUUGAUGCUUGAGUUGCCUCAACCUCCCCAGUGCCGGGAUUACGGCUUUAAACCACAGCACCUGGCUUCCAUUUUAAAGCUCUUAGAUCAGCCUGACAUUCCUUUCACUAAAUCAUCAGAACCGAUGUGUUCCUCAUACCUGAG